CAAGGCAUUGUGGGUGCAAGACGAAUACGAAAAAGAUCCCUCGUGCUCUUAUUUUUUUGAGUGUCUGACACUUCCGCCAUUCUAGAAGAAGACUGAGAAAUUAAGCGUGGAUAAUUGCUGCUGGAUUGUUGUUUCUUCCACUACUCUUCUAUUGGGAGCAUUCUUUUGGACAUUGGUCUAUGCUUAUCCCUUUUUGAUGUGUGUCAAAAAGUAGACGUGGUGUGAUAACUGAUAUAACCACUAACUCUUUUAGUUUCAUUGUACCAUGGAUACACAGCCAGAAGUGUUGUUGUUUGUGAAAGCUGGAGAUGACGGAAAACGCUAUGGUGCAUGUCCUUUUUGUCAGAGACUUUUCAUGAUUAUGCUGGCCAAAGCACAGCAGCAGCAACUACAGUUCAAAGUAGCCACUGUUAACUUUGCCAAACCACCGGACAUAUUCCGGAAAUUGACCCUCAGACGAGUCCCUGCUCUCGUUCAUGGAGAAGCAGCCAUGGAUAAUGUCGAUGAAAUAAUCCAGUAUCUGGAUGAUACUUUUCCAUCCCCAUCCUUGGAUUACGAUGACGCAGAUGCAGACAAAUGCUGCAGAGAUGUGUUUCAGAAGUUUUGCUACUACGUCAAAGACGUGUCCAAAGACUCUUCGCAAUUGGAAGCUGAACUGGCCAAAAUCAAUGACGUUUUGGCUUCACGAUCGUCGAGUUUCUUGUGCGGUGAUCAUAUGACUCAUCUAGACUUCGAACUUCUGCCAAAGCUUCAUCAGAUUAGGGUUGCGGCAAAAGCUUUGAAAGGAUUUGAGAUUUCACCCAAGUUAAGGCACCUGUGGGGUUACUUGUCUCGCGCUUACAAUGACGAUCUGUUUACGCAAGCGUGUCCACCAGAUCAGGAGAUAAUUGUACACUGGGCUGAGAAACCUGAAACGCCGAACUUGUCGAUGGAGGAAAAAGCCCGCUUAGCAAGAGAACCACCGAAGUAUUCCUUUGAUAUACCGAUAAGCUCUCCGUGAUUUCGAACUUAUUUCAUGUAUAGAAUUACUACUGUGGAGCAAUUUCAUAGUCAGAUAAAAAUAUUUGUUCAGAAA